AUGGUUAUUCGGCACGUAUGGUUGUUACCAGUGAUAGCAGUGGCGUUGACGCUUGCAGGAAUGUUGAGUGGGUACAUCAUUGGAGUGCUAACAAAGCAUCUACCGCCCCUUGUUACCGUUUAUAAGGUAGGUGCGUUCAGUCAGAUUUGGGUCAGGAAAUCUGUCGAUGGCGGUUAUUAUCCACCCGAAGGAUGCAUUUUUGCUCAAUUUCUGAAUAUGGCAUCGUUUUUUAUUGUUAUCACAGUUUAUGUACGACAUCGUCAAACGGUUGAAUAUUACGGACAUCGCCUGCAUUGGGAGAAAACGGCAUGGCGAUGGAUGUCGUUGGCACUGAUGUACAUCGGAAUCACUAGUGCGAUUGGCAUUACGAUCGUUGCUAACUUUCCUGAAUCUGAAGUACCCAAAGUUCAUCUUUUCGGGGCUGCACUCACAUUCAUUUCGUUGAUGAUUUAUGGUUGGGGUCAAGUGAUCAUAGGCUACGCCAUGGUGCCAAGAAUGGCUUCGAUGUGGGUGAAUCAUUUACGACUUGUGAUUAUGCUCAUCGCUACCCCUUGUUUCCUACUCCAUGAGCUGGCUGCUUCGUUCAAAAUCUUUGUGCCAAAAGGAGCGGGCAUCCCUCCUGGAGGAUGGAUUGGAAUCAAGCGGCCGAAGCCCGACUCACCGCUUUAUUUGAACUACAUAGUAUCCACCAGUUCCGAGUGGGCGCUGGCGUUCGCAAUGCUGAUGUUCGUGUUGACGUUGACUGCCGAAUUACGAUACGCCUAUGCUCACGCACCACGAGUGAUCUUCAGACGAAGCCCUCAAGAUUGUCCAGAUCUAGGUGAGCUGAGAACUCUUCAAAAGUCAGCACUCAUUCCUGCUCCAAUUUCUCUAAGCAGUUCGGAGUCAACGUUGAAGAACUAUUUAACAUUCCAUGAAUCCGACACCUUGUCUCCCAUACAGAUCUAA